CCCCGCCUUGAUUUUUACAUUUAUAAGAGUGCUGUUGCUUUAAAUCUGAAAUCCCGUGCCGGUAUCAACUCUCGCGAUCUCCAAGGCCGCAUACAUAUUACCCACAAUUCCCUUUUCUUUCUUUCUCCUCCCGCCGCCCAAGAUGCCGAAAGGAAAGAAGGCCAAGGGAAAGAAGGUGGCUCCGGCCCCUGCUGUCGUGAAAAAGCAGGAGGCCAAGAAAGUGGUGAAUCCCCUGUUUGAGAAAAGACCUAAGAAUUUUGGCAUUGGACAGGACAUCCAGCCCAAAAGAGACCUCACCCGCUUUGUGAAAUGGCCUCGCUAUAUCAGGUUGCAGCGGCAGAGAGCCAUCCUCUAUAAGCGGCUGAAAGUGCCUCCUGCUAUUAACCAGUUCACCCAGGCCCUGGACCGCCAAACAGCUACUCAGCUGCUUAAGCUGGCCCACAAGUACAGACCAGAGACAAAGCAAGAGAAGAAGCAGAGGCUGUUGGCCCGGGCCGAGAAGAAAGCUGCUGGCAAAGGGGAUGUCCCCACUAAGAGACCACCUGUCCUUCGAGCAGGAGUUAACACCGUCACCACCUUGGUGGAGAACAAGAAAGCUCAGCUGGUGGUGAUUGCACACGACGUGGAUCCCAUCGAGCUGGUUGUCUUCUUGCCUGCCCUGUGUCGUAAAAUGGGGGUCCCUUACUGCAUUAUCAAGGGGAAGGCCAGACUGGGUCGUCUAGUCCACAGGAAGACCUGCACCACUGUCGCCUUCACACAGGUGAACUCGGAAGACAAAGGCGCUUUGGCUAAGCUGGUGGAAGCUAUCAGGACCAAUUACAACGACAGAUACGAUGAGAUCCGCCGUCACUGGGGCGGCAACGUCCUGGGUCCCAAGUCUGUGGCUCGUAUCGCCAAGCUUGAAAAGGCAAAGGCUAAAGAACUUGCCACUAAGCUGGGUUAAAUGUACACUGUUGAGUUUUCUGUACAUAAAAAUAAUUAAAAUACAAAUUUUCCUUCA